GUGGUUUUAUGGAAAUGUAGACAAGAAUUGUGACUUCUAGAAAGAGUGUGUUAUGAUGUUUCAAGAUGUAACAAAGUUUUGACUUGUUUCAUAUUUCUAAUCAUGGCCACUGGUUAUUACCAUCAGCCCCGGCGUAGCCAGGGGAAUUAUGUCUCACCACGAUAUACAAAUCUUCAGUAUAUAAACGAAGGCGCUUACGGUAUGGUUUGUUCCGCAGUUGACAACCAUACACGUCGUAGAGUUGCUAUCAAGAAAAUCAGUCCAUUUCUUAACGGCUCGAGUGGAUCUAAAGCAUUGAGAGAGAUUAUGAUAUUAUCACGUUUUAACCACGAUAACAUUGUGAGUGUGCUAGACAUCGUAGCAGCGCCAACACAACGAGCUAUUCAAGAUAUUCACAUUGUUUUGCCACUCAUGGAUACAGACUUACGAAAACUACUCAAGUCUCGACGUCUAUCAAACGAACAUGUCCGUUGCUUUCUUUACCAAAUCCUACGUGGCCUGAGGUACAUUCACUCAGCCAAUGUCAUUCAUUUCGAUAUGAAACCUGGGAAUGUGCUCGUAAAUUCUGACUGUUAUUUGAAGAUAUGUGACUUUGGCCUCGCUAGAAUUAUUACAUCUAAACUAGAGAACAGUGGCAUGACACAGUAUGCUGUCACGAGAGGGUAUCGAGCUCCUGAAGUUAUGCUGCGCUGUAAAUGUUUUGUAUCAAAAGCUAUUGAUAUGUGGUCAGUUGGUUGUAUUCUGGCUGAAAUGAUUUCCAACCGCCCUUUAUUCGCAGGAAGGCAUUAUCUUGAUGAGCUUAAUAAUAUUAUAAACAUUACUGGUUCUCCCUCAGCUGAAGAUCUACUAACAGUCACAAGUGAAGAGAGUAAAAGGCAUGUCCUGGCCUUAGCCCGUAAGCCUAAGAAACCACUAGCCCAACUGUUUCCACACGCAGAACCCGUGGCCUUGGAUCUUUUGGAUAGAAUGAUAACAUUCAAUUCAAGCCAACGUAUUACAGUGGAAGAUGCACUGGAACAUCAUUUUCUACAUCGCUAUCAUGAUGACGCGAAUGAACCAAUUGCUUUAGUGCCAUUUGGUCCUGAGUCCGAAGUAGAUGAGUUACCGCCGGACGAAAUUAAGAGACUGAUUUAUAAAGAAACAGCAAAAUAUGCUACUUCGUAUAUAGAUCCUCCAUACUGAAUGAGAUCAUGGUUCAUUUUAAUUUUGUAAUUUAUUGCACGAGGGGAUAACAAGAUAAGACUGAUAAGAGCUAUAACAUAUAUAACUUGCUACGUGUAAGACUAACAGGAGAAUUAACACUUGUUUUUCCGCCUAAGAUAGGUUUUCGUAUUUCACUCCCUACGCUCAGACGAGCUAAGCUAUCUUCAUAAAUUUCCAUCGUAGACUAUAAAGAUUGUCUAUAAUGCGAUUAGUUGUACACGAUUCGUAUUCUGGCGUAUGUAAUCGAAUAAACACCCAUAAAAAAUGUCGCGGUAAACUAAAUGAAGAGCAAUUGUACCGUCAGCAGUAAUUUUCAUACGCCAGAAUGACAAUCGCGUAUACGACUAUAAUCGUACCGUCAAGACAGCCCUUAAAGGUAAACCUUUGUUGUUGAUAGAAGUCGGACUGAACCAUGACGAAUACACAAGCACGCGUUUCCGCCAUUUCGAGUGAAGGGCUCUUCUCAGGCUUCGUUUGCUUCGAUGAAGUGCCUUUGCAUGGAAUGUGUGAAUCCUGCGCUGAGCAUCAACAACAACGCCUUCGUACAUCUAGAGGGAGACCCACAUUGAACUCACAACAUAAACAUAUACUCUAAUAAUAAUAACUUUCACCUUUUUUCAUAUAUUAGUUGAUUUAGAUUAUUCUUAAAAUUCUAGGAUUAUACAAAAGUAAAAAGUUCUUUAUAUUUGCAACGAAUAAUCUACUGUAAAUCAAAUUGUUUUAAAGUUCAUCGGUAAUUUCACUUCUCCAAUUGCAUCUGCCUGUGUUUUUCAUCGCCUCAUUGACAAUUCAUUGUUACCAAACAGUAUAUCUAAGCUGACGCCACUACUUUUUGACAGAUUUUAAUUCCUAUUACAAUAUUUGUAAAUAUAUAUAUAUAAUGGAAUAUGUAAUUAUCGAUAGAAAAAUUAAUGAGUAAUGACCCCUUUAAUACCGUUUUCAGUGUAUGUGCACGUAUGACCAGUAUAUAGCAUAUUCUUGUACAUACCACAUAACAAGCCAUAUUUCUGUGAUAUUUAAUCAGUAUAUGUCAUGUCUCUGUAUAUCUGACCACUAAUACCGU